AUGCCUCGACCAAGGCGAGCGCGCCAAGCGCCGCCAACAACAACCAACCAAAAACCAACAGAGCCCAAGACCGUGACCGAUCACGAAGAUGAACCGCGCGGUCAAACAAGAGGCCGCGCACGAUCUACGCGAUCUACGGCGGCAACUCGCCUGAGUCUCGAUGAAGAGGAUGCUAUUCACACCGCAAACCAAAAGCGAGACGCUGCUCUGGAGAGUCUUGCCAACGAGGAUCCAACAGUAACAAGUGGCCCAGAAGACACGAGAAGCUCGAUUGAAAUUGGACGACGCGCUAUGGCUACGCCGGCUAUGCGAAGGGAUACUACUGGCUUGGAUCUGGCGGAUGACGAUGUAUUUGGAGAUUUGGGCGAUAGCUUCGCGGACGGAGAUGUUCCCGAAGCGCCUCAUUCAGCAGCCAGCUCGUCUGCAACUCUGAGCCACUUCAAAACACGGCCUAGGUCACGUCAGUCAAGCAUAAUAGGACGCAACGAUCCUCCCAUCCGACCAAGUAGUAGAAGUGGGCAUACUCCUGGCGUGAGUUCCUCAUUUAACAUUGGCGUCUUCCGAAGACGUGCCAGGGAGCCCAGCAUCCUCGCCACAUCACGACGAGCACGGUCACAAACCGGCAGUGUAGCCGGCAGCGUGGCAAGCAGCAGAGCGGGAAGCGUAGCUCGGGACUCUGAGCUCGAAAGCGAGGGCGAGUUCGCACCAGAGGCAGAAUCAACACCUCUUAAUAAUCGGCGUCGCUCAAGACGAAGCAGUCAGCACCAUGUGGAACGUGAUGCUUCACCGUCACCAUCCGCUGGGGAGCGCAGACGAUCACUCAGAAAGCGCAAGAGCGAGGACAACGCGCCAUCUGAAAGUUCUCGACCCGAAAAGGUCGCCCGGGUCGAAGCCAACGGCGGCAUGGACAUCAGCAGUGACUCGGAGCUAUCUGAACUUGCUUCCCCGUCGCCGCCUGCCGCCCGCUUCACGAGAGCAGUCACACCCAUCGAUCUGGAUGAGAUUAACGCCCCUCCAGCGAGCAGUGACUCAGAAGCAGACGACAAUAUCUGGCCUGACAUUCAUACACUAGCGAAGAAACGCCGUCGUCCAUCCUUCGCCACACCUGCCCGCAACAACAGGGACGACCUAUCCGACGUGUCUUCACCGCCGUCACUCACACAUUCACCCAACUACGGCACCCGGGCCAGAGGGUCCAAGCAGCAGCGCUCCCCGCGCAUCACGACUGCGGACCUGGCAAACCUCCUACCCAAACGACGGUAUAAGCGUACCCGAGAGGAGUUCGACAUUGACACCGAUGAAGAAGGCCAGGAUGACGAGCAGGAUACCCGGCCACGACGCAGAAAGGGCAGUCGUCCACCAAGCAGAGCUGCUUCCCGCCAAGACCGAAACGCACUCAAGCCAAAGCAGACACCUGUGUCGGUGCGCCGCUCCGCCAGAACUGCCUCCAAGACAUAUCAUCGUGAGGAAAAUAAAGAGAAUGAAAGUGAGGAGGACGAGCAGGAUAAUAGCCAGUUUCAGCCACUUCCAGAUGAUACCUUUGACGUGGGGGCGUCUGUGACGGAGGAUGUUCAGAAUGCGGAUGAGUUGAAGAGGGCGACGAAGAAGUUCAAGGAGGUUGAUAAGUGGGAGUUGUCGUUUGAGGAGGUGACGGAGCCGUCGUCACCGCCGGGGGCUCGAUAG